AUGGCCUGCAUCUAUGCGUCGCAGCUGGAGGCCUGCGGCCGCCUGGAGGAGGCAGCAAAGGAAUUCGAGGCGCUUGUUAGGCCCCCUAUAGACGCUGCCUCUUUGAAGUACUUUGUGGCGUUGCUGCAGUUCUCGCUGCGUCACCCCCCAGACACAGCAGCAGACAGCCUCAGCCACGCGCUGCUGCUGCUAGAAGAAGCAGUAGAAAAAUAUAAAGAUGAAGGCCCCUGUGCUGAGCUGCUGCACAUAUAUAGAGCGAAGCUCGUGGCCUUUCAUGGUGGAGACACAAAGAAAGCGCUUUCUAUCCUUGCGAGAGCCAGAGAGGCACUACCGAAGAGCCUCCCGCUGCUGCUGCUGCAGCUGCGGCUGCUGCAGCAGCAGCACGCUGGAAACCCCACGAAGAUACUGGCCGCAUGCAGACCCGUGAUGGCGGAUGUUCUCUCUAACCCAGAUUCUGAUGUCUGGCUGCGGUGGCAGGUGCUGAAGCUGCAGAUUCAUCUCUAUGAGUUUUAUGCGGCCCCAACAGAGACGCUCUACGCAGCAAAAGAGGCAGCAACCGCCUUCCUAGAGAAGCACCGACAGGAGGUCGCUACUUUAGCUGCUGCAGCAGACCUGCGGCGGCUGCCACAGAAGCUGCUGCUGCCGUAUGGAGACAAGGAGGAGGAGGGAGCCGCAGCAGCAGCAGCAGCACCUGCAGCAAGCUGGUGCAACGAGGACCCACAGGCAAGCGCAGAGGUUAGUAUCUCUACUACAGAGAAACUGCUGUCGCGUGUUGCUGCAGCAGCAGCAGCAGCAGCAGCAGCAGUAGCAGAUCCCCUUCAGCCGCAACUGAUAGAGUGGCCCUUACACCCCACAUCAGCAGCAGAAAGCAGCAGCGCAAGCAGCACAGACUGCUGCAGCAGGAGCUGGAGCUGCCGCAGCAGGUGUCCUGGCGGCAGCAACGGCAGAAGUAGCGGCAGCAGCAACCACAGCAACAACGGCAGCAGCAGCAGCAGCAGCAGCACGAAUUCGAAGCUGACCCCAUCAUCGCUGCUUCCAACAAACACCUUCAGCACCCCCGUCGCCUUUGCUGCUCUCUGCAGCAGCAUUGCUGCCUUCUGUGACCUGAGGGCCCCCCUCUAUCCCUCCCCGCUCUUUCUCCCCUACGCAGACGACCUGCAGCAGCUGCAGCAGCUGCAGCAGCUGCAGCAGAUGCAGCAGCAACAGGAUAUAGGCCCUUCCGCGGCUGCUGCUGAGGCAUUCGCAGCUCCGGCUGAACCGCAGCAGCAGCAGCAGCAGCAGCAGCAGCAGCAGCAGCAGCUGGUCCCCGUACCUCCAUUAUCUCCUCUACAGUCCCUCGAGGAGCUGCAGCAGUCGUUGCUGCAGCAGCAGCAACAGCAGAAUAGCUUGUUGCCUCAGCAGCAACUGCAGCAAAACCCGCAGCAGCAGCAGCUGCAGCCGGCAGCAAAGCCAGGAACCGAGCUGCUUGAAGUCCUCCAGGAGGCGCUGCAGCAGCAGGAGAUGCAGCAGCGAUCUGAGCAGCAGCAGCAAACAAGCGAGCAACUGCUGCUGCAGCAGGAGGCCCAGAGCUGUGGGGUGCAGCAGGUCGUGAAGGACGAGGACGAACAGCAGCAGCAACAGCAGCAGCAGCAGCAGCAGCAGCUUGAGUCUGUUGAGGAGCAAGCCAACCGUGUACCUAUUCAAUUUUCCUUGGGCACGGCUGCCUCACGCGAUUCAGCAGCAGCAGCAGAAGCAGCAGCAGAUGAUACUGCUGCUGCUGCUGCUGCUGCUGUGCUGCCUUUGGGUUUGAAUGCUGCUGGGCUUCAGCACCAAUCCCCGGCGGGCAGCAGCAGCAGCAGCAGCAGCAGCGACAGCGGCAGCAGUUACUGCUGCAGCCCGCAGUCAAGUCUGCGAAGCCCUUUGAGCAGCAGCAGUGUCAGUGCAGGCCAAACAAACAGCAGCAGCAGCAGCAGCAGCAGCGGCAGCAGCAGCAGCAGUGUCAAGCGUCCCAACGCAGCAGCAAUAACUAUCUCCUCUCACCAGCUGUCUCCUUUCGUGUGUCUCCCCCCUCCGUCUUCACAGGAGUCAGAUGCAGAAGCUGUAGCAGCAGAAGACGAAGCAGCAGCAGCAGAAGAUGCGGCUGCUGCAGUAGAAGAUACUGCUGCAGCAGCAGAUGCUGCCGCAGCAGCAGAUGUUGCCGCAGCAGCUGCUGAGGCGGAAGGUUCUGCUGCAGUUGCACUGCAGCGAAGACAAAGCAUAGCUGCGGCCGGAGCAGCAGGAACGAACCAACAACCGAAGCAACAGGAGCAGCAGCAGCAGCAGAAGCAGCAGCAGCAGCAGCAGCAGCAGAUGGGGCAGGAUGCAGGGGAUCGAGCACAGCAGCAGCAUCAUCAUCAUCAGCAGCAGAAUCCUCCUCAUCAGCAUCAGCAGCAGCAGAAGAAUCUCCAGAUGCAGCAGCAGCAGCAGCAGCAGCAGCAGCUUUCCCUCGUCUGCUCUCUGUGA